AUGGACCCCUCCAGCAGCUCAGAUCCGGACGACAAGUUCAUCGUCGUCCAUCUUCCUCAGUCCGACCAUUUCAUUGUCUGUGGCCACACGUAUUUGGAUGGGAAUUUGAAUUCGGAUGGGAAUCUGACAGUGCAAUUCGACGGGAAGACCGAGAGCGGCGUGAUCAAAGGCCUGUUUGGGAAUAAGGACGAUGCAAUUGAGUACGCGAACCGCCUCUUGAUGGAGAAAGAUAACUGCAAUGGCGUUGCGAAUGUAGUGGACACCACCAGCAAGGAGGGGCAAGCGAAUCCGGUGGCCCCCAUCGCCUUGGACCCCAGUAAUUUGUACAUCUCAGGUUGGUUCACUCAUCAAAACUCAUCAAUUUGGGCCUGUUUUCGAAGAAAUCAAAGAUUUGAUCUUUACGAUUUUUCCUAAAAUUCCAUAAAAUCCGUCAUCGUUGGCCAAAGUGGACAGUCGUAUUUUCGUAUACGAGAAAAUUUUUUAAUGAUAUCCGUUUUGCACAUAAAACAACACUUCAGCCAGAACUUUGAUUUAUUUCAUCGGUGAAAACAUGUCACCAUGACAGAUUUUCUGGAAUUUAAAAAUCUUGAAUUUCGGGAUGAUUACUUUGAAUUUUGUCCAAAUUCUGUUUGUUGCCUUGGAGUUUGUUAUUUCUCUUUUCCGGAAAGAAACAGAUUUAUAUUAAACAUCAUGUAUAAUAUAAAAUAUUCUCGAUAAAUAAACCAUUCUAGCUUACAUUUUCAGUUUCAACCGACGAUCUCCGCGUUCUAAACGACCGAAUAUCGCAAAUGGAAAAGCGAUUGGUGCGUCACGAGGAUCUCCUUUUGAAUACCUUCGCCAAACUUCAUAAUGCUCAUGAUCUGAUUGUAAAACAACAAGAGAGCAUUCAAAAGCUCACGGAAUUGGUGCAAGCCAGGUCAGGAUGGGAUGGAAUCGCAAAUCGGGACAUGAGCAAUCUUUCGUCGACUUCACUUCAAAGCCUUCCCAGAAUAAUUCAAUUGCCAACGUCUUCAACUAUAACCAAUGCAGCCAAUCUGAUUCCGGUCCAAUUUGUUCAGGCUGCCUCCACUUCCACGGCAAAUCCAUCAAAAUCAAAAGAAACCGGGUCGAAUCAAGAUGACGAUUAUGUCUUUGUGCCUACUACAACAUCAGUUACAACUGUUAUAAAGGACGAGCCAAAUGAGGUGGUUGUGCCGGCUACUGCGACAACUUCUGGUAAGAUUAUUUAAUGGCUAUAAAAAAAUUUUUUUGUUGUCAUCAUUUUUUGAAAAAUUCUAAAAAAUCCGUCAUCUGAGGACUUAAAAUUUUCGAAACAAUGGGCAUGAUUAAAAUUUUUUUGACCAUGACUGAACAUUUUUAAUCAAUUAUGUGAGGAAAUUGCAGAUUUGUCUAGUAAUUUUGCGUGUCAUCAUGACGUAUUUUCUGGAAUUUCCCGCAAAAUUGAUGAUUAUUUAGGUGUUUUGAGAAGUUUGAUAUAUACCAGCGACUAAUUAAAAUUAAUGAAAAAACAAUUUAAAGUACGAUUGGAAUGUUUUUAGUCCCCAUAACCACCAGCAGUACCUUAUCCACCAGAUCUCAGACCUCCAACUUUGUCCCCGCCAAACCUAAAUUCCAAUUCGCGUCUAAAAGCGACUGCGAAAAGCUGUGGAAGACGGCUCAGACGGCUGAAAGGUUCGGUGGGCUCCUCAAUUUCAAGCUCUUCUCGACCGCUUUAUAUUACAAUCGCCUCGAGGAAAGGGAUCCGGAAAAAGUGGCGGAAUUCCGGGAAAUCCUCGCCUUCUUCAGUAAGCCCAAGACUCGGGCCGAGGAACUGAAGAACUGGAACGACUGUGUGAACGAAAUCAACAAACAGGUGCCGACGGUGUUUGUGCAGGACAAGGAAACACUUGACCUGGGUCAACUCUUCCAGCCCACCAUUCGAAGGGGAAGAGGACGGCCGAGGAAAUAUACGACGCCAUACAGUGUGCCGGGUAGUAAUGACAACGCCAAUACGUAG